AUGGACUCCUCAAGGAAGAUCGAUGCACCACAAAAUUGUCUAUGGACACUGACAAUUGUAAAUUGUGUAGACCAAGGUUAUUAUCAAGCAAUAUAUGAUGUAACAAUGUAUUUAUCAUUGAUAGUAUUUCUAUGCGCAGUUGGACUAUUAUUAUGGCGUCAAAAUAAUAAAGCAGAUGCAAGAUUAUUUUCUAUAAAAGGGUUUUUGGCAAUAGAAGGGUUUCUUUUCACUCAAAUAUUUUGGGGCAUUUUACGAGUUGUUGAUUGUGUCGUAUUAACAUACGAUUAUUUACCAACAAAUAUGAUUUUGCGAGAAAUGUUAUUUGCCAUUUCUUGGUUAUUGGGUUCAAUAUCGGUAACAACAUAUUUAGCUGGCAUAUUAAGAACAAUACCAAGAAUACGUUUCUAUCGACAAAAAUCAGAUCCAAAUUAUAAACAAAAACUUAACCUACCAAGUCUUCAAAGUUUAGCCAUCACCUACUUUUGUUACAUAUCUAUAAUAGGAAUCAUAGUCACAACAUGCUCAUUUUUCAUUGGCUAUUUUGAAAUGUAUCCUGACUCUCAUCCAAAUUCAGCAAUGAUAGCAUCCAUUAUGAAAUUGACCGAAUAUGGCGUUUUUGCGAUUUGUUGUUUCUUGAUAUCAUUUGGAUUCAUAAUGUAUGGUAAUAAAUUGAUCAGUAUAGCAGGCGAAGGGUUAGAUCUAUUGGAAAGUGUAAAUGACUAUCAAAGUCACAUCAAAUCAAAAAGUUCUCAUAAUACUGGCUAUAGUUUAUUAGGAUUAGAAUUGGAAAUGAAGCAUAAAAGAUUAAAACGUAGUGUUUACAAGAUGCAUAUAAUAAACAUGUCAUUUAUUUCUUCUAUACUAAUUUUGGGAAUAAUAUUAGCUACUUCUGCAAUCUUUUUCCAACAAACAUAUGAGAAUCUAAUCAUUAAUAAAAUAUUUGCUGCGUUUACUAAUUUAUUUCCAAUGUUGGUAAAUGUUGCUGUAAUGGCAGGAAUAGUUCCUAAUAAAUAUGAAGAUUUUGAUAUUUCCUCCACACCAACAAAUAGUCAACCGCCACCAAGAGAAUCAAUAGAUGCUCAUAUGAGAAAUCCUUCGGCUGAUUCAGAAUCUCCUUUAUUAUCAUUUCCUUCACCUGCGGUCUUGUUUACAACGCGUCAUCAUCAUGGCAGUAGUGAUGGUGGUGGCGGCAAUGUCAACUUUGGUAGUAAUAAUGAUGUUAGCAGUAAUAAUUUUGUUAAUUAUGGUGAUGGAAUAGGGAAAUGUAGAAGACCUUCAGUUGUUACAACGACGAGUUCUUUAAAUUCACCAAUAAAUUUGACUCCAAUGAGAAUUAAUUAUUCUUAUAUUUAA